AUGGCUGUAACCAAUACCAUGUUUAUUUUUGAAGUCGUCGUACAAAGUGUUAAGACUAUGAUUGAAAGUACAAAUUUAAUUAUAAGAAGUGAAUUUGCUGACAUAUUCUCUCUUGAACUAAAAGACCCCAAGCAAAUGCACAUAGUGAUGCCCGAACCACUUCCUUUACCUCCAGAACCACCUGGUAAAAAAGGAAAGAAAAAAAGGGCCAAACCAAAAAAGAAGCCUAAAAAAGGAAAAAAGAAGAAAAAGGGAGUAGUGGAAGCGCCACCAUCUGAACCUGUUAUACAGUCGGGGCAGUCAGUUUUAUUUUCAUGUAGCGCUGAACUCCUUACACAGAAUAUGAAAAGAUUCCCUCUUGAAUUAUCGCUGUGGAGUAAAGAAGAAAACUUGUCUUACAUUGGUUCUAUAUCAGUACCGUGGGACCCAAUAUUUUUAAAAUAUUUGGAAACUAUUUAUAAAUGUCAGGACACAGCGUCUGUAACGCUAAAUGAAGAAUAUAAUAUAUUUGAAGAGGGUACGGCAAAAUUAAUAGCUAAGAUUGGAAUUCAAGUUAAACUUUCGUACUUAGGAGACAAAGUCACUGCAGCUUUCCGGACUCUCUCUGAAGAUCCAGUAAUAAAAAAAGUUUUGUACACAGGCAUUAAUUCUAAAACAACUUCGUACAUGUGCACAAUGAAAACAACCGAUGAAAUAUUUGAAGAAAAUUGUAACAAAAUUGAAAAUAACUUUGUUAAAGAUAAACCACAACCAAACAAAAUUAUUUACGCUGAUUACAAAAACGCCCUCGGGGCUAAAUACAAUAUAUUUAAUGAUGGAGAUUACUGUUGUAUGAAUAACGCAGAUAAGCCCCCUAACGCAAUAUAUAAGGCACCAGAAACAUGUCCAGAUAUAGAUUUUAUAGUUGACUAUGUAAGGAAGAUCAUAACGUCAUGUAAUGAUAACAUGAGAAUGCUAACACCGCGACCCACAAUUAAACCGCGAAUAAAAGCGACAGAUAUUGAUAGACUUUGUUACUGUAAAGAAACAAAGUGGCCAGAAAAUGAAAUAUCACAAAGGUUUAAAAAAGAGGUACAAAAUGAACCAUGUCCAAAAUGUGCAAUUACUGAGAAAGAGGCACGUUCAAACACAAAUGUUACAUGUUUCGAUAUAGCUAAUAUCAGGGGACCUUGUGGACGACAUGAUUGUAGAAUAGCAAGAGAUAUGAGAGCUUAUAUAGAAAACCUUGUUGAAGAAGAUAAAAAAGAAAUAACCAUAGACGAAAUAUUUGGACCAUGUGGAAGCAAGGAAUGUACAUUAGCUGAAAAAAUACAACAAUUCCUUCGACGAGAAGGAAUAUUUAAUCAGAGUAACACAUUAGAAGGUCUCUCUACACAAUGUGCAUGCAUAGAACAAAUGCAAAAUUCAUUUAAAAAGCGAAAAUCGUGUGAAACGAUUUGUAGUGAAGAUUGUGAGACAAGUGAUAGUGGGACAAAUUAUUGUGAUAAGAAGGAUUGUCUUGUUCGUGAAAAUAUUGAACCGAAACAAGUUUAUAACGUUUAUUAUUUUUUUGUGCAAUAUGACUUCAACAAAGAAUCUAACACUACGUCACCUGCAAACAGUAAUAAAUCUUCUACCUUUCAGUACUGUUCGUCGCAGUGUCCUGGUAUGAAAAAUUCGGAAAAAACAUUUUGCAGUAAGAGCGCGUGUUCAUUUUCUUCAAAUACAAAAGAAAAUAAGCCAAAUUGUAAUAUCAACGGUGCAAAUGAAGAACAAAAUAACUAUUCAAGUCCAGCAGAUAGCAAUGUUGUCAUACAUUUUGAAGACAUUCGUAAUCCAUGUUGCGUAAAAUCUUGUAAUGUUGUUGACGUUGUAAAAGAUUUUAUUGUUGAAGGAGCUCAAAGUGAAAGAAAGUUUGAUGAAGCCGUGGAUCCCUGUUAUUGUGACUGUGAAUGUACUUUCAGAUUUUCGAAGAAAACCACUUAUUGUGCUGUUUGUGGAGGGUAUGAAUGCUUAGGAGACGACUUAAAAGACCUGCCUGUACAUGCCAAGCCGUAUCCUUGUCCCGUAUAUCAUAAACAGUAUGACAAGAAAUAUAUUAACGUACCAAACCCUUGGCCUGAAGAACAAGUUCCCGAGAAACAGCUAGAUAACAUAAGCAUUAAAAGUUCGAAAGUCGGUGGUGCAUCUAAAGUAGGAAAUUCAGAAAGGAAAUUGAAUAUAACACGUUCAGUAAGAUCUCUUUAUGACAGACGAUCAGAUAGGCGAUCUGAUAGGCGAUCAGAUAGGCGAUCUGAUAGGCGAUCUGAUAGGAGAUCUGAUAGAAAAUCUGAUCGAAAAUUCGACAAAAAAUCUGAAAAUAAAGUAACAAGUGCGAUAAAAGUAAGGUCUUUAAAAAAACCUAAAGCAAAACGGAAAAAAGAAAUUUCUAAAGUAGAAAAAAUAUCUCCACUAGUUGAGAAAAAGCCAGACAUAAAAUAUCCCUAUCCGGCUGUUCCGAAAAACAUGGGUUGGCUUUGGAACGCCGAAGAUAUUCCUGGUAUGAAGGUCCGACCAAAAUGGAGGCCUGGUGCAGCUAACAAGGUAUUAGUUCGCCGAUACAAAGCAGUAAGAGAGGGAGUAGAUAUAAUAGCAAAGAAAAAGAGAGCAAUGAUGCAAAGAAAGAAAAAGUUGGAAAUGAAGCCGACAUUAGUGGUGAAAAAGCACAAUGGCGAAUACACAGUUCAAAUGGAAGUGUUUAAGAAAUACUCUAAAGAUCGCCUGGUUUUUCAAUAUCCUUACGAUGAAAAACCACCUCUUAUUUACACCAUUGGAAAAACUGCAGAGGAAAAAGCUAAGAUUCAGAAAAAGAAAGAACGUAUAGAACGAAGGGAAACACGAAGAAAGUGUCGGCUUCUACAAUCUACAUUUCGAAAUAAGUGCCAAGAAAUUUGCUUAAAAGCUUACAACCAAGCUAUUGGCUUAUUGCCUUUGCCAGAUCCUAAUAAUCCCGAUUGUCCAUGCCAUACCGAUUCAGUAAAAGACUUAAGUCCUCCUAUAGACUCUUGUUCUUGUUCAGAUGAAGACAAUAUUUCAAGUAGUGAUACUGACAAUGAUGAUUGGAUUAUUGAAUUUACUCCCCCUUUGGCUCGUUGGGAUACUAAAGUUAAACACCCGCCAGUUUUAUCAGAGAAUGAGUGUCAAUAUAAUUAUUUGGAUUUCAAAGUCAAAUUAUUCGAUAAAUCCGGUAAUCCUGUUCCUAGAUAUUUUAAAGGUCCUGAUGGGCAACAGGAAUGCAGUGAUCUUGGUGGAUUUUGGGGCCCAAAACAUGUUUGGUUAGAAAUUAAUAAAGACGGUUAUAUAGGUCCCGACAACAGGUGGGUCCCUAUGAAUUUCAUAGGUCCUGACGGUAUGUUCUAUUCAGCCGAAGAUGGUGUUUUUACUGAUAACACUGGCCGUAAUUUAAAGAUCGGUGUAGACGGCUAUAUUGAUAAAGAUGAUAAAUGGGUUUGGUAUUGCAAGAAAAAAAUACCAAAAAGUGUAAAAUCAAAAACUUUGUCGUCAAUUGCAACAGGAGAAUCCAAGAAAAGUAAAUUAGAUACGACACAAGUAAAAUUAAAGGAUAAAAUGCAUGAUAACUUUAAAAAAUCAACACCGUCUAACAUAAAGGAAAAUAAUGUACAAAAAUAUUCGAAAUGUGCAAUGAUUAAAGCAGGAAAAGGAAAAGUAAAUAAAAGUGUGUCCUAUUCUUCCCCUAAAACAAAUAAUCGACUUAUAAUGAGUAUUUCUGUCGAUCAAAUAAAAAAUAAGGCAUUGCAGCUACCUCGCCCGGCUAAUAAUCAAGUUCGAAAUAAGUUUGAUAAGUAUAACGAAAUCAUGCAACUGCAUACGUACGAGGACGUAGUCGAACUUAAAUUACCUACGAAAGCUGAUAGAGCUUCUAAUACAACAAGAAAAAACAUUUCUCCGUUUACUCUGCGAAGAAAAUAUUCUGAAAAGUGA